AUGGGAAUACAGGUGAGUAGCCAAUAUCAAUAUCCGGAUUUUUGGACAGGUUUACUUUUGCAGGGAAUAGGACUUCAGCACUCCGCAUUGAGCAACAAUCCACUGAGCCAUUCUGUCACUCGCUCGUUUGUGGUUGCUCCGCUGAUUUAUAAGAUAAAUUUUACUACGAGACCCAUGCUGGAUUUUUGGAAGACACCAAAAAGGGUUGGCGAAUUUGCGGAUGUGAUGAGUGGUCCAAUGGCGACCCAACCAUUAAUUGAACUGCUGAUUCGAAAUAAUAUGAAGCACAUUAUAACGAUUAGUGAUGUAGAAAAGCUAAUAAUAGAGCGCGAAUCAAGGGAAAACGAUAAUGCACAACUAUCGAUGAACAAUCCUCUUGAAUCAUUCAUUAGACGACUUAAAGACUAUUCGUCGAGUAAUAGAGCCAAACUAUCACUAAAUGAGUACCACUCCUAUAAUGAAAUAUCGCAAUGGCUUGAAGAUAUUCAGUUCCAUUAUCCGAGAAUAGCUGCUAUUUUUACGAUUGGUAUAACCCAUGAAGGUCGUCCCAUCAAAGGCAUCAAGAUUGGUUAUCCAAUUCAUGCAACCAAUAAACGAAUAAUUUGGAUUGAUGGAGGUGUGCACGCUCGAGAAUGGGCUGCGAUCCAAACUGCUUUAUACUUCAUUGACCAGUUAGUCUCAAAAUAUGGUAGCGAUCCACAAAUAACAGCUUAUAUCGACGCUCUCAAUUUCUAUAUUAUUCCAGUGGUUAAUCCAGAUGGAUUUGAAUAUUCAAGAUCUGAUAUUGUUCCACCGGUUUGUAAGAAGGAUCGAUGGAAGAGAGAGCGUUGUUGUGGUGGCGUAGAUUUGAAUCGUAAUUUUGAUUUUCAUUGGGGAGAAAGUGGUUCAAGUACCGAUAUUUGUUCAGAUAUUUAUCAGGGAAGCACAGCAUUCAGUGAAUCAGAAACAAGGGCUAUUCGCGAUAAAAUGUUCUCGCCAGAGUUAUACGGCAAAGUUGAUGCUUUUAUCACACUUCAUACAUACUCACAAAUGUGGCUUCAUCCAUACAGUCAUCAGAAACAUACUUUUCCUGAUGAUGUCGAAGAUUUGAAAAGUGUUGCAAAACGAGGAAUUCGAACUUUGGAAAGUUUGUAUGGGACGAAAUAUCGUCUUGGAACUGGAGCUGACAUUCUAUAUCCAUCAGCGGGAGGAUCAGACGACUGGGCAAAAGCGAAAGCGAAAGUAAAAUACGUAUAUUUGCUCGAACUUCGGCCUGGAGAAGAUGAAUGGGAUGGAUUUUUGCUGGAUCGGAAGCAGUUAAUUCCGACAGGUCGUGAAACUUGGGAAGGUGUAAAAGUUGUUAUCGACACAGUCCUCAAACAGCACGGUGCACGUUUAAAAAACGCUACUAAAACGUUACUGCAAAAAUUUCCCUCUCAAUGGCAAUAUGCAGAAACUUUGAGCAAUAUCUUUAAUAAAUUCGAAUUUUUCAAAACUGUUCAAUUUCUAGAUUCAGGUGCAACUUGUCGCGAUGCAUCGCCAUGGUGUCAUAAUUGGAUCCGAUCUAGUCCAAAUAUCUGUAAAACUUCUAUUAUAUAUAUGCGGCAAGACUGUUUCAAAUCAUGCGAUUAUUGUGUAUAA